CUACCUCACAUUGGCGUCAAGAUGGCCCCACCAACUAACAGCGAACUGAAUGAAAAACGGGAAAAGCAUUGUAUUGGUAUCUCGCCUGAGAGAAAGUACUUCCGAAUUGGCAGCACCUGGGUUAAGCGAAGCCUUCGGUCCUGCGAAUGGCAAAAACAGAAUGGUUAUAUGCAUGUUCCUUUAUUUAGCACGGAGCGCAUCCUUAAUGAGGGUGCAUGCCUUCAGUUUCUUGCUGAAACUGGUAACCCUCUCCCAAAAUUACUUGGCUGCUUUAAGGAUAACAGCGCAUCAUACUUACUAAUUACUGAAUAUGUGGAUGGAGUUGGAAUGAACGAUCUGGAUGCUGAGAGCCAAGCCGCUGUUUCAAAAGAGCUACAAUGUCAUGUACUCACACUGAAGAAACUUACCUCUGACACUUGGGGUGGGCCAGAUAAGAUGGUCUUUCCACCAUAUCGUAUUAUGCGGAAGUCCAAUGGACAACCUUGGAGAAUGCGUCGGCGGAAGCAGCAAGACCUUGUGUUUUGUCACAACGAUCUCUCUAUGAACAAUGUUAUAGUUGAUCCAGGCACGCUUAAGAUCAAGGCCAUCAUCGAUUGGGAAUAUGCGGGGUUUUAUCCAUCUGAAUUUGAAUUUCCAUUCUACCAGAGACUAGGGCCAUCUGUCGCACUGGAAGGCGAGGUGGACGAUUUUGAUUUGUUAACGCAGAUGAUUUCUGAAGACAGGGAUUAG